AUGGGUCAAUUAGUUCCACCAGCAUGUUUCGAAUCGAGGGAAAAAGAGUACGAAGGGUACACGAAUCCUCAUGGACCUAUCACUAUUUCAUGCAGGAAUUUCUCUUCUACUUUACUUGCUCUUUGUCAUGUUUCCUCUGUCAAUAGAACGGGCUACAGCUUCAUCCCUCGCUUAAAUCAUGAGACGCACUCCAGUAGAUUCACAUGUGCAUCUCCAUGGAUGGUUCACGAAAUCGCCAUCAAUUCACACGGAUUAGAAGAACUGCUUACCGGGAAACUCGACGCUACAUUGCUCGAAACAUUCCCAUUUCUAAAUAUUCACAAAUCUUGGAAAUCGCCAGCGGAAGAUUAG